CCGGCAUGCACCGCGCCGCUUUCUCCGCCCGCCCCAUGGCCUCUGGCGCGGAGCUUUCUGGGAAGUGCAGUCUCUCCCUGGCGGGAGCUUCCGAAGAAACAAGGCGCCGGCGGUCCCGGGGAGGUGAGCGGUCCCUCGGCGCGCGGGCCCGGCCCGAGGCACAGCGUUGUGUGCUGGGACCUGCAGAGUUCUCUGCCCUCCGCCCCUCCCCGCGGCUGUUUCCCACGUGUGGGCUCCGUCUUCCUGCCUCGGGCCCCGCUGCUUCCGGGCAAGCCCGCCCCGCCCCCGCCUGCCGAGGCCACGUGCUGGCACCUGCCUGCGUAGCCGCUUCGCGGCUUGAGGCGAGGGAACAGUGACGUGGAUGCAUCUGCUGGAGGAUAAAUGGGUAAAAGGUACUUCUGUGAUUACUGUGACCGAUCCUUUCAAGACAACUUGCACAACAGGAAGAAACACCUGAAUGGGGUGCAGCACCUGCGAGCCAAGAAGGUUUGGUAUGAUCUGUUCCGAGAUGCUGCUGCUAUUCUGCAGGAGGAGCAAAGCAAAAAGCCCUGCAGGAAAUUUCUACAAACAGGCCAGUGCGAUUUUGGAUCCAACUGUAGAUUCUCCCACAUGACCGAGAUGGACCUGGAGAGACUGAGUGCACAGGUGCAUGGACCAAACUUUCUUUGGAAGUCAUUUGGGAAGACAGAAGAGGAGCGGAGAUCAAAGGAGCAGCGGCAGGAAGGAGCAGAUGUCCCAGUUGGUACAGUCGAAGAGUGGCUAGAGAAGAGAGCAAAGAGGCUGAGGUUGGCUCAGAGUAACAGCCCUCUGCCUGAGAAACCAUCUAUGUUUCAGUACCCGCCUGGCUGGCCUCCAAUACAAGACCUUCCCCCAUCCCUUCAGGCCCCGCCUCCUAGAGGCUGGCCAAUCCCAGCCAACCUUCAGUGGGGGUGAAGGACACAAGGACCAGAGAUGCAGGAAGGGCAGCUGAAUGUCCUCUGGAGGAAAUGUACAAUAUUUGCAGCUAUUUUAUAAAUAAAACUGUCUACAAUCCGAGUGGUUGAUCUAGGUUGUGUUGGGGUAGUUAGUCAGAUAUGUUGGUGCCCCAACCAUCUUCUUUUCGAACUUUCCAUUAGCUCUGCUGACCUACUGGAAACUGCCUUCUUGUUUCUGAACUGACAAGCCAAGCACACUUCCUGUCUGCAAGGGUUACAAAAUGCAUGCAUAGUGAUUUCUGUCAGAGCUGAUUUGAAUUAGUGCCUUGACACAGUGGAACUUUCUAGCACAAAGCACAGUAAGGCAGGGGAAGUCUCGGCAUGGUGAAGAGUUCCGGCGUGGAUAGAGUUCCCGCCGAGGAAAUGCAGAUUUGCAUAAUACGAUUGGCCGAUGUUAAAUUAUUCCCAUGUGUCGGCUGGCAAUUGGCUUGCUAGCCGUAUAAAAGGUUAGGGGCGUUUCCGCCCUAGUUGGAGAACUCCGCGAUUCCCCCUGGAGUGGAACUCUGGCAGCUUGAUCACCUGCCAACGACUCCCCGUCAUCGAAGCCUUACGACGUAUCCUCCGUGUUGCAUGCCCGAGUUAGACCCGAGCUACCCGGUCUACAAGAGCUCCUCGAUUAGCGAUUAGAGAGUAGAAUUGUUGCAACUACGAUUGAAGUGUGAAGUCACUUCUUGCCUGCGCUGUAUACGACUCUACAGUGUAAGUAAAGCCAUCUCUGUUUUUCUAAUUGA